UUUGCGUAGUGCAACGAAAUAAUUUGAAGACAUGGAGGAAUCAAGGGGACCACCCAUGUGCUCGUACGUAGUUCAGACUCCAGUGUUCACACACCGGGCUGUGCAUUAUUGAUGAAAGGAAUCUUCGUAAUAUAUAGAAAGUUGUUAACUGCUCUGUGUAACCCAUCCAAGAUUAAAAUUGUCCCCUGAUACACGCCGCCGCCUCCUCCUCCUCCAUUUUUGUAGUUGUUUCUCGGAAAAACAAAAAUGGCAGAGGCUAUUCUUGGCAUAAUUGUUGAGAAAGCUGCAGAAUUAGUUGCUAGUCAAAUCAUCAAAGAAAUUUCUCGCUUGUCUCGCGUGAGAGAAGACCUUGAUUGGAUUGUAUCCGAGAUGGGAUACAUUCGAUCGUACUUAAAAGAUGUUGAUGCAAUGCAGUUGAGAACAAACGUAGUAUCCAACUUCAUACGUGAUAGAUGGGACCUUGCUUAUGAUUUGGAGGACAUUAUCAACACAUAUUUCUCCGAGAUGAGAUUAAGUAGGAGCCGGUGGAAGAGACUUCUUGAUUUCAGCAACAUGAGAAUUGCUCGUGGCUUUGUUAAAGAGGUUGAAGGCAUCAGAAAAAGGGUCGAGGAAAUAAAAAAUGCUCGACAAACUUUUGGGAUCGAUGAAAGCAGCCGCAGCCGUGAAGAAGAUACAUCGCAUUCAAGACAAUCUUUCCCUCACCUAGAUGAACCAAAUGUUGUUGGUUUUGACUAUCUGAUCGAAACUCUGGUGCCCAAAGUCCUCGACGAGGAUUUGCAUCAUCGUGUGGUGUCUAUUAUUGGCUUUCCCGGUCUGGGAAAGACAACUCUUGCGAGGAAAGUUUAUAACUCUGCUCGGCAAUCAAAAGUUUACAACUCUCAUCGACAGCGUUUUGACUGUGCAGCAUGGAUUUGUGUUUCUGAGAGCCCAAACGAAAAAGGGCUUUUGCGAGACAUCGCAUGGCAGGUGGGCUUGGAGAAGGAGAUGAUCGAGCAUAACGUUGAGACCAAUCUAUAUGAAUUCUUGAGCAGGAAAAGGUAUGUGAUAGUGAUAGAUGAUAUAUGGCAUACCAGGGCAUGGGAUGCUUUAAAGAUUGGCCUUCCUACGAAUUCUGAGAAUGGGAGUCGAAUAAUACUCACUUCUCGGAAUAAAGACGUGGGUGUCUACGUAGGUGGGUCGGACUCGGUACUUGAUUUGAAACCCCUAGAUCAGGAAACCAGUAGGAAACUCUUCUACAAAAUUAUUGUCGAUGAUCCACAAAAUAUUUGCGAUACACAAGAUCCCCCGCAACUUAAGAAUAUCGGCGAGCAAAUAUUAGAAAGAUGCGGUGGUGUGCCAUUAGCAAUUGUACUAGUGGCCGGUUUCCUAAAAUUAAGACAGAGAUCAGGAACUGCGUGGAAAGGGGUAUUAGAGGCAAUGGGUCAAGAUAAAGACCAAUGCGCCGAAAUCUGUGCUUUAAGUUACAAAGAUUUGCCUCUAAAUCUCAAACCAUGCUUUAUAUACUUCGGAAUUUUCCCGGAGGUUAGUGAAGUUGAGUCAUUCGAUUUGAUUAAUUUAUGGGCAGCCGAGGGGUUUAUAAGAGGUAGUACAGUGAGAGAGGUUGAGGAAGUGGGAGAGGACUACCUGAAUCACUUGAUAGCGAGAAACCUGAUUCAAGUUGUUGAAAGGAGGUACAAUGGAAGGGUUAGAAGUGUCCGAGUUCAUGACAUUAUGCACAAUCUUUGCAUUCGGGUGGCUAGGGAGAUUAAUCUUUUUAGCAUUCACACUAAUGAGAUCAGUUGUAACACUGUUUCGAAGGUACGUAGAGUCGCUAUCCAUGGCAACGAAACUGAUCACUACCCUGCUUUGCAUCGGAAAACUUCCAGUCUUCGUGCUGUGUUUUAUUUUUUUCGUCGGUACCCGUGGAAUAGUAAUGCUAAUAAAAAUCUUCUCCGGGAUUCAAAAUUUCUUCGAGUGCUUAGUGUUGAGGAGGGCAACGAUAUACCAAGGUCUGUUCUAACUGACAUUUGCAAUUUAAGGCAAUUGACUUACCUUAAAUUGGGAUUCCCAUAUGUGAUUGUUGGUCUUCCUCAUGCCAUAAGCAAUUUGAAAAGUUUGCUAACGUUGGAUGUUCAAGAAUUGCAGAUUGUCUCCCUUCCAAAUGUUAUUUGGAGUAUGGAGCAAUUAAGACACAUUCUCUUACCCUUCGAAUGGUACACUCUUUACAAUCCUUUAUUUUCUCGGGUUACCUUGGAUGUGUUCCAUCAGGUUUCUUUACCAAAUCUCCAAACCCUUUGUGGGCUGCAUGACAGCCUUUUCAAGGCAGAUUGGUUACACAAACUAACCAGUUUGAGAACAUUGCGAGUCAAUCUUAAGAAGAAGGAUAUCAAUCUUAACAUUGCGACACCUGUAUCUCACAAGCUCAAAGAGUUGUCAUUGGUCGGACACUUUUCGCAUCCGCAGAAAGCUACUUCUUUGAAUUUCUCUCAAUAUGAAUUACUAUCUGAGCUGCAUAUUGAGAGAGUAGAGCUGAACGAAUUGUCACAUGAUAAAUUGCCUCCAAACCUCACCGAACUUACCCUUGUCAGUACAUACUUGACGACUGACCCAAUGGAGGCUCUAAAGAAGCUAGAAAAACUGAAGUUCCUCAAAUUGUGCGUUCACUCAUACUUGGGGAGGGAACUAGUGUGCUCUGGAGAACUUGGUAACUUUCCUCAACUCGAAGUGUUGGAAAUUGAAUACUUGACAUAUCUGGAGAUGGUGGUAGUCGAGGAAGAAGGAAUGCCAAGACUACGGGAUUUUAGGAUCCUUCAAUAUUGUAGUCCAGAAACACGAAUUCCUCUUAGGGUGAGAAAAGUAAUGAGUAUCAUCAAACCAAUAAGGUGAAAUUAUAACUAUUCACACACUGAAGAUAAGCGCUCUUAAUUCUUAGAUGGAACCUGUUAAUUCAGCAAAGUUGUUCUGCUAUUUGAAUGUGUGAGAUAGUUGAUUUGUUUUUGUAAAGAGUGCUCUACGGUUAUGUAAUUUGAUAUUAAUACUUUGGUUGAAGUGUACAUCCAUCAUGUCAUGUGCGUGGUUUGAAUUUAUCAAUAUCCAAUAAAUUUGGUAUUUGUGUGUGCUA